GUUGGUUAGUAGAGUAGGCUGCCUACCACCGAUGUUCAUGUUCUCGCCGUGCUGCUCUCGUAAAGAAGCAGUUGAUGAAGCAGAUGAGCCAGGAUCUACCUUUUUUAUUUAACAGGGAAUGAAAGUAUACACUGCUAACUAACGCACGAAAACCUAGCGCUCAUCAAGUUAUUUCUACCACAAAGCACACGUAAAGAAAGAAAAUAACUGAGAAAGCGGACACAAUUUUGACAGAGUAAUUUCAGGUGGUGUUGGUGUGAUCUCCCUGUGUAGCUGAGGAGCUGCCAUGCCAUUUGGCUGUUUGACACUCGGGGAGAAGAAGGAUUACAACAAUCCCUCAGAGGUGACUGAUAAAUAUGACCUGGGACAAAUUGUCAAAUCGGAGGAGUUCUGUGAGAUCUUCAGAGCAAAGGACAAGAAUACACUCAAAAUGUUCACCUGUAAAAAGUUUCUGAAAAAGGAUGGGAGGAAAGUGAGAAAAGCUGCCAAGAAUGAGAUCCUGAUCUUGAAGAUGGUUAAACAUCAUAACAUCCUCCAGCUGGUUGAUGUCUUUGAAACUAGGAAGGAAUACUUCCUCUUUCUGGAGCUAGCUACAGGCAGAGAGGUCUUUGACUGGAUCUUAGACCAAGGCUACUACUCGGAGAGGGACACCAGCAACGUUGUCAGACAGGUGUUGGAAGCCGUGGCCUAUCUGCACUCCCAGAGAAUCGUCCACAGGAACCUCAAGCUGGAGAACUUGGUGUACUUCAACCGCCUGAAGCACUCCAAAAUAGUAAUCAGUGACUUCCACCUGGCCAAGCUGGAGAACGGACUCAUCAAGGACCCCUGUGGAACCCCAGAGUACCUUGCUCCUGAGGUGGUGGGACGUCAGAGGUAUGGAAGGCCAGUGGACUGCUGGGCCAUCGGGGUCAUUGUGUAUAUUCUCCUGUCUGGAAACCCCCCUUUCUAUGACGAAAUGGAAGAUGACGACUAUGAUAAUCACGACAAGAAUCUUUUCCUCAAGAUUCUGUCAGGAGACUAUGAGUUUGACUCACCGUACUGGGAUGAUAUCUCUGACUCGGCGAAAAGCCUGGUGGCAAGUCUGAUGGAAGUGGAGCAGGAUCAAAGACUGACUGCACAGGAGGCCAUCAACCAUGAAUGGAUUUCUGGGAAUGCAGCGUCCAAUAAGAACAUCAGGGAUGGAGUGUGUGGGCAAAUUGAAAAGAACUUUGCCAAAGCCAAGUGGAAGAAAGCUGUACGGGUCACAACAAUGAUGAAGAGGCUUCGAGCUCCAGAACAGAGGGACACAGGGGCCUCCAGCCCGGUUCCAGGGGGCUCUACAUGCCCUGUCACCUCCAGCAACACUCCAGUACCCUCAGCUGAUGCUCCUGAGGGCACCCCUGUCAGCACAGAGGCCUCGGUCACCCUCCAGGUCCCUGACUCACAGAAUUCACCCGCCAUCAUCACUCCUGAUGAGCCAGAGGCAGAUCCCCUGCAACGGUGUAAUGGGGACGCCGCAGUGCCCCUCCAAACACCCCAACAAACACAGGACGAUCAGAAUGGCUAGACAGAGCAGCACCAGUACAACC